UGAGUGGCUCAGUUGCAAGCGGUGCGGCGGCGGCCGGCGGGCACCCAGGAUUGGCUUGCUGCGUCCCCCCAGCCGCUGGAUCUUACAGCCCGGGAACUCUCGAAGCACGUCCCGUCGGGCCACCGGCAGACCAUGCCCUCUCUAUGACGGUUACUUGUUAAACUAUCCCUGCAUGCCAGAAGACUGUCCUUGGUUGAGCCAAGGGCUUUUGGGGACUCCAGCCUCUCCCCGGUUUUUCUGUGUGUGUGUGUUCCUCUAGAACUUUCAAAACUGUUUCUCCAAAGGGUUUUGCAGAAACUUAGACUGUUUUCUAAAGCAGAAGCACCUCAGUCCACAGCAGUAGUGAUGGGCAGUGUGCGAACCAACCGCUACAGCAUCGUGUCUUCAGAGGAGGACGGCAUGAAGCUGGCGACCAUGGCCGUUGCCAACGGCUUUGGGAAUGGGAAGAGCAAGGUACACACCAGGCAGCAGUGCAGGAGCCGCUUUGUCAAAAAAGAUGGCCACUGCAACGUCCAGUUCAUUAACGUGGGGGAGAAGGGACAGCGAUACCUGGCAGACAUCUUCACCACUUGCGUGGACAUCCGCUGGAGGUGGAUGCUAGUUAUAUUCUGCCUGACUUUCAUCCUCUCCUGGCUUUUUUUUGGCUGUGUGUUUUGGUUGAUUGCGCUGUUGCAUGGGGAUCUGGAGAACCAAGAAAAUAACAAACCUGUUUGUGUCUCUCAAGUGAGCAGCUUCACUGCAGCCUUUCUGUUCUCCAUCGAGACCCAGACCACGAUUGGCUAUGGCUUCAGGUGUGUCACAGACGAGUGCCCCAUCGCAGUUUUCAUGGUGGUUUUCCAGUCUAUAGUAGGCUGCAUCAUUGAUGCCUUCAUCAUUGGUGCUGUCAUGGCAAAGAUGGCGAAGCCAAAAAAGAGAAACGAAACUCUAGUCUUCAGCCACAAUGCCGUGGUGGCCAUGAGAGAUGGAAAACUGUGCCUGAUGUGGCGUGUUGGAAACCUGAGGAAAAGCCACUUGGUGGAGGCACAUGUGCGAGCACAGCUCCUCAAAUCCCGGAUCACCUCGGAAGGGGAGUACAUCCCUUUGGAUCAAAUAGACAUCAAUGUAGGGUUUGACAGCGGGAUAGACCGCAUAUUCCUGGUCUCCCCAAUUACAAUAGUACAUGAAAUAGAUGAAGACAGUCCUUUGUAUGACUUGAGCAAACAAGACAUGGACAAUGCUGACUUUGAAAUUGUGGUAAUAUUAGAGGGCAUGGUGGAAGCUACUGCCAUGACCACCCAGUGCCGUAGCUCAUAUCUGGCCAAUGAAAUCCUCUGGGGCCACCGCUACGAGCCUGUACUCUUUGAAGAGAAAAACUACUACAAAGUGGACUAUUCAAGGUUCCACAAAACAUAUGAAGUGCCCAACACACCCAUCUGUAGUGCCAGAGACUUAGCAGAAAAGAAAUACAUCCUCUCAAACGCAAACUCCUUUUGCUACGAGAACGAAGUGGCCCUCAGCAAAGAGGAGGACGAGAUUGACACUGGGGUGCCUGAGAGCAUGAGCACAGACACCCACCCCGACAUGGACCACCACAACCAAGCAGGGGUGCCUCUAGAGCCACGGCCGCUACGGCGGGAGUCGGAAAUAUGACUGACAAACUCUUCCUCUCUCUUUUGGUUGAAAGGAAAAAAUAAAAUAAAGAAGCCUAUCGGUCAAAGGCACGUUGACCUGAGAAGUUGGCCCAGAAAAGUCUCCAGACAACGGUACUGUUGAAGAGUGGUGUGAAGGCAACCAGACCUGAGAAACCCAGGCUGGUUUUAGGGCUGUCCUCAGAGGAGGGACGACAGAAAAUGAACUCUAAACACAAAGCACUAAACAUGUCUAAGUAUGAACAGAAGGCACAUAUGUUGUAGAAUAAAUUAUGUAUAUAUUUUUUUACAAAACUUGAACUUGCAGGCAAGCUUUGGUUGGGUUAUUAUUAUUUUUUUUCAACUUUUUCCAGAAUGCUUCUCUCUAGGGAACAAGAAUGUUUUUAAUGGCAUAACAAAGGCAAGGAUCUGCCUUAUUAUUAUUAUUAUAAUUAUUUUUAAAAAAGCUGCUGCUAACUACAUGAACACAAAUGAUUAUUUUUGUUGCAGUGUAGUUUUUAUUUUCUCUUGUGUAACUUAAAAAAAGAAAAAAGAAAAAAAAAAAAGUCAGUGUUGAACUUUUGGGGUUGAAAAGCUUGUGAUCACUUCAGAGAGGCCGAUGUUGCCAGGAAGUCUAAACUCCUUUUGAGGCCAGUAGUUUGAUAGCUAGAAUCAAUUUCUCUUUCCAAUUACAUAAGGGGCAUUAUGUAAUAUUAGGCCAAUUGGUAGCCUCUGGCAAAAUUAUGAUUUUUGGGGGGAGAAUUUCAUUCUCUGUCUAAAGGAAAAAAAGGAAAUAGAAAAGAUGUAUGCAUAGGAAAAGUACUAAGUUAAAACUACCUAAAUGGAUACCAAAGAAAAUGCACAGUUUUGCACAGUGGAGUUUAUUUAAAAAAAAAAAAAAAGAAAAAUGAAAAAAAAAAAGAAAAAAAGAAAAAAAGGAAAAAAACAGGCUGCUUUAAACAAAAAAAAAAUUUCAAACCUCAGACACUUUUUUUGUUUUGAUUUUUUUUUUUUUUUUCAUUUUCUUUUUAAGACCUUUAUUUUGCACCUUAUUCUAAAAGUUUAAGACUCGGAUCUAAAGUGAGGUAGGAGUCCUCCCCUUUCCCCUCUGCCCUUCUAUGGGGAAAUAAAUUUCCUUUCUUUCUUGUAAGGUGAAAUGCAGCUGGGGGAAGUAAACAAGCCAAGGUUUGUCCUCCCCGGCCGCUUGCCCAGCGGUGCCGCAGCAGAAGGUCAGUGUUGGUGCCCACGUUUCCUACUCGGUGUUGGAUCUCAGCCCUGCCCUGGCCUCCUGAAAACUGAGCCAUCCUCUCUGGCUGCCCCCAGCCCUUGGCUGCCCUCCUGGUAGCUCUCAAUCCCCACCAGAGCCCCCUCAGCUGCUGAGCCAGGCGAGGGGCUGGGUGGGCAGGGGGACACAGCCCAGCCCAGCCGUGGAGAAAUCCCUGGGAAGGGGUUUUUGAAGAGGAAGGGAGAGGGGUAAUGGAGAGGAAAAAACCUCCCACUUUUACUACACAGUGCUUGGGAAUGGCACAGGGAUUGUGGCAUUUUGUUUAAAAAAAUGCUUCUCUUCAGCAGGGCCUGGGUAUCAGAAAAAGGAUAUUUUCCAGCUCACUGGGAGAGGGAUGAUCUGGGGAGGAUGAGGCUGCCAAGCAAGGUCCAUCCCCUGCCUCUGCUCCCCACCAAGCACUGAGCAGGCAGUGGAUGAGAUGUGUCACCGAGCUCUGAGCAGACUUGGUCACCUUCUGUGAAGCUCUGGCUCUAUAGAGGUGUUUUGGCUGCUUCACCCAGAAGGCUUUAAAUUCUCUGUGCCUCUGAGAUCAAGGAGAGUGCGAACCUGUGCUCCCUGAGGAGCAGGUGGAGAGAGGUUGUGGUGGGGAUGAGAAUCCUAGUCAACUCUUGCAGUAUUGGAUCACUGUAUGCCAUUAAAAAACAGCUUGUUCUAGGUCUAAUGUCUUCUGCAAAUGGAUAUCUGUGAAGGCCUCUGGCCCCUUCCAGCCCUGCCUAAAAGAAAUGCCUGCAAUGAAAUGGUUUCUGAUAAGAUGGUAUCUACAGUGGGUGGGUUCAAAACUGUGGAAAUUCGACAUUGUGAACAUAGAUUUGGCUACUAGAGAGGGCAGAUGAUGAAGUGCAAGUACUAAGGCUGUACUGGGGUGGGGGGACGUAAAAGAAAGGAAAGGCUGAGCAUAUAGAGGAGAUUUGAUUGCAGUUUCUGGGCCAACAGUAGUGAAGACAACCGAGUGCUGCUAGUGCUGCUAUUGUGAUAUUCUUGUACACAGAAAAUAACUAAACCAAAGAGUAUUCAGUGAAACAGAGGUGCAUGAAAACACGAUGGGAAGGGAUGGAGAAGGGAGGCUGAGUGGGAGAAAGGAAAAUUUUCUCCAGGUCAGCAUCCCCCAGGUGCCCAGUGCUCCCACUAAAUGAUACUUGAGAUAUAUGAGGGAGGGAUGAGAGAUGGGGGAUGGGGAAUGAGGGAUUCAGCUUGUUUCUUUAAAGCAAAAGAAAUUCAGAGAAAAAUAAAUUCCCCUCCCCCCUUAACAUUUCUGGUGCAGAGGUUUCGGGGUUUUUGUUUCGUUUUGUUUUUCAAGUCAGUUUUUCAGAAAUAUUUUUAAAAUGUAAAUUUUAUAAAGUUUAUCAAGUAUUUUCAUAUUUAAAGCCAAAUGUAAAUAGAAGUCUGUAAAGGUGGACAAGGAGAUGAAAAAGAAAAGGCCACAAAGAGUUAAAGUUCUGCUCGGCAGUCUCGGCUAGCUAGUACCUAGAUGCUACCGGUUAGCAUGAUUUUUAGCAAACACUUGCAAGCCUUAUAGGAUUCCUAAUGCUAUGAACUUCUCUUUAUUUAUUUUUAAGCAUGGACUUUUAAUUUGAAACCAUGUUCUAGUUACUGGCAUUUUUAAAAGUUACCGGCUUUCCAAGUGCUAGUCUUGUCGAGGGUGUGCAUUGAGGUAAUUCAUUACACUCUCUGCCACAUUCUUUUUCUUUUCUUUUUUUGACAACCCUUUGUCUUUGCCGAUUGACUCUUACAUUGCAGAAUUGCACUCAGCCUCUGGCUUCUGGAAGCUGCUAGAAAGAGACCUGCAAUGUAGACUCCAUGGUACCCUUCCCUCUUGUCCGUCAUUUCCGUGUUUCUCAACACGCGGUGGUAAGCCUGGGAAAGGACAGACUCUUGUAGCACACUUCUACAGCAGCAAAUUGGGUUAGUCUUUUUUAAAAAAAUGUUAUUUUUAAGGACUGCACAGUGACUGACUGCUUUUCUUCAGUUCCUGAUGAUCUUGGGCCAAGCUGAUGCUUAAUAAGGGGCCCUUAAAACUGACUGAGCUCUACCCGCAGGCUCCAGCAGGCGUUGGUUUGGCCGCUUUAUCCAGGAUGAAGCUGGCUGAAGUGGCUCGCACAGGAGGUUUAUACUGUAUUUUGCUUAGGGUCUGGGGGGGAAUAUGUUAUUUCUGCCCUUCCCUGAAAAUACUUGAAUGAGACACAUUGUCUAAAACAUUAAACUGCGUACAGUGACGAAGAGCAUUUCUGAGGCAGGUGGGGAUGGAUCUCUUCUUUCCUCUGUCUCUUCCGUGCGAGUUGUCCUUGGUUGAGUAGCAAGGGUAGGAAUCAUUACUUAUUAGCUGUGUUUAAUGAUACUCUUUCCCAGCCACAACUUGUGUUGUUAGUUUAGCACUCGCUCCUCUCGGAAAAGGCAAAGGGUCCAGAUGUUUUAUUUGUUCUCUUAGGUCUUCUUUUUCAUAAUGGAUUACAAGGUAAAACUGAGAAGUACUGUAAUGUCUUUAAAUUAUGGCUGCUCACGACCAUUGUAGGAGGGUGCUGCAUAGUUGCCAUCCCACAGCCAACCAGAAACUGAUUUUGUAAUGACUUUUGGCCUGCAGCUAUUGUAAGGUGAACAACCUAGGCAUCUGACAGUUGUCCAUUACUAUUUUCCUGUUUGCAGCCUUUUUGUAUCAAAGUCUUCCUAAUGUACUGCACAAAUUGUGGAUUGUACAGAUUUUUAUAUAUUAUGUCUUAUUUUAUUAUUUCUAAAUAAAAAAAAAAAUUGA